UCUCAGUUCUUUGAAGGAGACUCUGUGUCUCUGAGCUGUGAGGAGGACAACAUCUCUGCUGGAUGGACUGUGAGGAGAAACACAACCAGAGGAACUCAGUGUGGAGAUGGAUGGGGGAAACCAGCUGGUUCUUCCUGUACCAUCAGCAUCCUCUUCAUAGAGGACACUGGAGUGUACUGGUGUGAGUCCAGAGAGGGAGCAGCCAGCAGCAGCAUCCAGCUCACUGUCUCUGGUGGAUCAGUGAUCCUGCAGAGUCCUGUCCUCCCUGUGAUGGAGGGAGAUGACGUCACUCUGAGCUGUCAAACAAAGACUUCCUCCAACCUCCCAGCUGCUUUCAUUAAAGAUGGCUCCCUCAUCAGGACUGAGCCUGCAGGUCACAUGACCCUCCACCAUGUGACCAGCUCUGAUGAAGGUCUCUACAAGUGUAACAUCAGUGGUCAUGGAGAGUCUCCAUCCAGCUGGAUCUCUGUCUCAGAGAAAUCCUCCACAUCGUCUCCAACAACCACUCCUUCUCCUACAUCAGCCUCUCCACCCUCUUCCCAGUUUCUUCCCUAUGGGCUCCUGUCUCUAACUGGUGUCGUUGUUGUGGUUUUACUGCUGGUUCUACUGGUGAAACAUCAGGUUAACAGGAAAUCUAGAGGUAAUCAGGAAGUUGGAGAGGAAAGUAUCAUUUACAGCGAUGUUAAAAUAUCCCAGCAUGAACAACGGAGAAACAAACCAAACAAAGAUAAAGUUGCUCCCUCUGUGCUGCAGGUUGUGGGUUUUCUGCUAACUGACUCUAAGAGACUGCGGGCGUCCAGUUUCCUGUUUCUGUGUUUCAGCUACAGGUUCUCAUGCCAACGCUGUAAACUCAGCAGCUUCACUGCAGGGCUGAUAUAA